AUGGGAAGAAAAAAAAGGAGAGGAAUGGAAACUAAACCAUUCUGCUAUUACUGUAAUCGUGAAUUUAGUGAUGAAAAAGUUCUUAUACAACACCAAAAGGCAAAACAUUUGAAAUGUCUCCAUUGCAACAGGAAACUUGAUACUGCAACAGGAUUAACUGUUCAUAUGUUACAGGUUCAUAAAGAGACUCUUUCAAAGGUUCCAAACGCUAUAGCUGGCCGUGAUAAUCCUGAAUUGGUAAUAUAUGGUAUGAAUGGUGUUCCUUUGGAGCUUAUAAGUGAAAAACAAAAAAAGCUUAGUGUAGAACAUGGAAUAAGACAAACAAGGAUGGAUCAUAAUCCACAUGGUAACAAAACAUUGGCACUAUUACAUAAUAUAGCUCAAGAAUUUAUUUCUGAGAACAACUUGGGAAAUAUAAUAGUUCCUGGAAUGUAUGGAGGUGCGGGAUUUGUUUUAGGAGCAAUGCCUGCAUUUCCAGGGCAAGCUCCAAUUGCAGGUGUUAUGCUUCCUUCUGAAUUCCCUAAAACAGGUGGUAAAUUAGCUGCACAUAUGAUCUAUACUGAUAGUGAGAUAUCACCAGAAGAAAAUAGAGCUGCGAAUUUGUUUAAUUAUAUUAUAAUAAGUAAACAUCAACCAAUUAAUAUUACUAUUACUUCUAAUAGAAUAGUAUCUGAGUUAUAA